AUGCCUCAGUCUUCAGACAGAAGCCCAGGAGAUGCCACAUACCUGGACAUCUUCCGGGAAUUCUCCCACAUGGCAUCCCACAAUCCGGAAAAGCUGAAGCGGAGGAGUUUGCACUUCCGACACUCUUUCAGCGUAGAGUUGCCUCCACCAAUAUGGCGGACGCACGCCCACGUCACAGCAGCUGGCCAAAACCCAGCCAAUGAGGCGCCUGCGUACAAAACGUCUCUACGCUCACCGAGCGUCUGCGGGCGCCUGUGA